UCACCAGACUGAUUGAGAGAGAGAGAGUGCAACAGUUAGAAUAGAAGGCAGCCUUAAAAAAAGUCAUAUAGCUGAAGAAAGUGAUAGUUAUAAAUGUGAUACAAUACAAUACAAUAACAUACGAUUACACUUGAAGUAUACAGUGAUUGUUUUCGCUUAGAUACAGACUGAAUGGAAGGAUACUUCAUCCUCUAAAUCCAGCCCUUCAUCAGUGCUCACUUUCUGGUCAGAAGAAACACGUUUAUCAGGUACACUAUAUUCAAUGCCUGAGAGUUUAGAUACAAGGUUUUUUGAGCAUUCUGUCUUUGAGCAGAAUGACCUCCAACGGCACUCUCAUCGUUGUCCCCCAUGCCAACAUUGUCGGAAAAAAUGACAAAACAACAAUAGACAUUGAUGCUAUUAUGGAUAAUGUCACUAUUGUCCUUUACACCAUAACUGUCCUACUGGGCACCACUGGGAAUGCUGUGGUCAUCUGGAUGGCAGGGUUCUCUCUGAAGCCGAACGUCACCAACGUGUGGUUGGUCAACCUGGCUGUGGCUGACCUGAUUUUCUGCCUGACACGUGUCACUUCUUUGAUUAAGAAGCUCUUCUAUGAUUAUUGGCCUUUCGGAAUCUUCCUCUGCAAGUUCAAUGGGUUCUUCAAGUAUGGCAACAUGUUCUGCAGUGUUUUCCUCCUAGCUGUUAUCAGCAUUGACCGGGCUCUUUGUGUGUGGCGGCCGGUGUUCACUAGGCGGCGGCGGACUCUACUUGCCGCUCGACUCAUCAGCUUAGGAGUUUGGAUUGUGGCAGUGAUCUUCAGUGCGCCAUAUUAUGUGUACCGGCAAGUCUAUCUUGGCAAGAACAACUUGAGCAAGUGCUCCUUGGAGGUCAAGGAGUCAACUGAAGGCGACAACACAACUAAACUGGCCUUGUACAGCAUUCGCUUCACCUGCGGCUUUCUGCUGCCCUUCCUGGUCAUCCUUACCUGCUAUGCACUCGCUGGUUUAGGGAUACGCCGAACACACAUUUCACGCAAAUCACGACCCCUUCGAAUUCUUGUUUCACUGGUCUGUGCCUUCUUCUUGUGCUGGGGGCCAUAUCACUGCCUCCUUUUGGCAAAGAUGGUGAAUAGCAAGAGCCAGGCAGUAAAAGUGGGUCUACCCAUAGCAAAGGGUGUGGCCUACUUCAACAGCUGUGUGAAUCCACUCCUAUACUUCUGUAUGGGUCUGGACAUUAGGCAACGCUUUAGCCAAAGCUUGUCUGGGGUUUACCGCAGAGCUCUAGCUGAGGAGUGGGAUGGGCAGACAUUACAGUCUCAGGAGCGUUCCGUAGAUGAGAGUUCCAGUCACAAUACACAAGUCAAAGUGACAGGAAUGACUACAGCUGAAAAAUAAUAAGAUUGAAUUUGAAUGUAUCAGACCUCUCUGACAGUGGUUGUUUCCCAGUCUGGUGGUGACGUACACGUACCUGGCAUUCUUUGGUGUUUUCCCUGCUCUAACGCACCUGAUUCAGCUUCCCUUAGCUGAUGUGUGUCACAUAGAGCAUAAAUGCAUUACCAUAUGGAGGACAGAGGCAUUGCUUUACAAGAUGACAGUAGUAACACUUUACAGUAAGUGUUUACUAAACCAAUAUUAAGCAGUGCAUUUGUUAGCCUGACCAACACAUGAGGUACAAUGUUAACAUUGGUUAGCUGAUAUAGCUACAAAUAAGUAAGCUAACUGCAUAAGCAUUAGGUGCUGACUAACAUUAACUAUUAUACUUAUUAACAUUAAAAACACUUGAAAUAUUAUGUGAAUAAUGGUUAGGAUGGGUUAUAUUUCAUUCUUUCAUUGACUCAGCUUAUGGACUGUUUUACUGAUGCUCACAACUCUCACUUGGGGGCUUUAGCAUUUUAUUUUAGACCAAAGGAAUCAUAAAAGAGAAGGAUAGAAACAUUCAAACAUUAGUUCUUUUGCUGUUAUGAGAUGUUGGAUGGCUUAAGAAUCUCCACUGCCAGUACUAUGUGUUCCUUAGUACUUAAUAUACUUGGUGUAAUGUGAACACUAGUCAUAUCUUAAUGCAAUUGAUAUUUGUUUAAUUAAUAUUAGCUAACAAUCAUUUUCAUGUUAUCAUCAUCAUGUGUUUACUGUUACCAAACAUUAGUUAAUGUGUCCAGUCUUAAUGAGAAGAAUAUUGCUUUUCAGUCAGUUGUUCACCUACGUCAUGCAAAUUAAUUUGGACAGGCCUUUUAUAUGUACAUAAAGGUGAAAAGGAAGAUGCCAGGUCCAUAAAAUCUUUGCAAAAUAAUGGAAUGACUUAUGCUAUAUUGCUCUGAACCAUGCUUUACAUGUGACUGCCCUCAAUAUUUUACCCAUUGUUAUUAUCUACCAUAAAAGGUUUUAGCAAUCCUUUAUUUUACAGUCCCUUAGUAGGUAUAUGGUACAUUCUUCAGUAAAGAAAGGAGUGGUAAAUAUA